UUGGGAUCAUCCGGCGAGAAGCAAAAAAAGCCCCCAUGGGUAGGAUGCAAAGAAAGACCACAUUCCGUCCCAAUCCGCCGACCUGUAAUGCCAAAUACGGCGGCAGACUGCAGAACGCAACCGCGAGGAGAGCGUGAGUGGCAACACACUCUGGAUCAGACAAUGAUCCGAAGAGCCGAGAGGGGCAUCGAUGGAAACCUGAUAUACGUCCGGGUGAGAGGUCAGCAGAAUGUCCAACAGGGAAGCCCAUCCGCAGACAGCAGCUACAACAAAAGCUGCAGCGUGGCUCUACCACUGUUAAAUUAUUAUGAGUUCAAAAUCAGUGUGGAUGUGCAGAGGUGUCACAACUUAAAAUGA